UUAUUUAACAAAACCCCAUAUAAAAUAUGUAAAUUAAAAGAAUUAAUGAAAAAGAACUGAGAUCAGCUGAGGAGACAUCGCUUCGAUAAUGUAAUUUAUUGGUAUUUUUCUACAUUUGUAGAUAUUUGAAACGAUAAGUGGUGCGUUGGCAGCAUCAAAGCUACGAGACCACGAACGUACAGCAAAACCGUUCAACAUGGAUACAUCUACACGCAGAAUAAUUGAUAUUGUUUCUUAUGUGCACAAAAAGUACGGUUCCAUCGAAGUAAAAUCCGAAAGCAAUAAAACUAAAAUAGAAAUACUAGACAUUGUUGGAGCAAAUCCACCGAAACGUAUUAAAGUUGAAGCUCUAAAGUAUGGCAGUCAAGGAACAAGAACAUCUACCAAACGACCAAACUUGCAACCAUUUUCCGCACCACCUUUUCAACGUUACGGAAGACCAAAUGGUUUUCAUCACAACAUAUUCCAACACUGUGCGACGCGUCCAUCACAAUGGUUCAAACCGCAGCAACCGAUCGUUAAAUUAAAUAUUAAUCCAUGGUUCAGACCGCAGCAACCGAUCGUUAAAUUAAAUAUUAAUCGAACUAGAAUUCCGGGUAUAUCGGUAGGAUUUCCAUUGCCAACUUUCAAUUUCAAUACUCAAUCUUUUGAACGAGUUAUUUUUACGCCGACAACCGGCCAACAGAGAAUCUUAUCUAUUAGGAAAGACUUUCCUAAUGCAAAACCCAACAGUAAUUGUUUGUUUUUCUCAAAACGCACACAAACUGCACCAGAUUCAACAACGACUGCAAAGCAAACGCCCAAUAAAAAGAAGGAUAAUAAGGAGGAAACAUUAGAAAUAGGAGAAGGUGUCUUAGAAGCUAGUUUGCUGCAAAGAGAAGAAGGUCUAAUCUGCACUCCACACAAUAAGUUUCUCAAUGCACAAUCUUCACUCAUAUCAAACAUUCCACAAGGUGUCAUAAAGUUACUCAAUGCACAAGAGCCCUCACCUAAAUUUCCAUAUGUGAAAAUAACACGUCCAUCGCCACUGAUUAUUCAAAAAUUGAAGGAGCGCCAAAUGUCUAAUAAAAUGAAAAGCUGUGGAGCAAAUGUAAAUAUGGAUACAUAAACAAAAAAUGUUUAAUAACUCAAAGGCUGUAGAUAAUACAGGAACAUGUGUAGGUUUAAUUUGACUAAAUUAAGUGCGACUGAAGCAUAAACUUUUACAACAAAUUUAUGAUUAUGAUAUACAUAUAUUAGUAUAAUAUAUAAGCUCUAGUACAAAGCAACCAUUAUUUUUGUUAUUUUAUAAGUGUGACAGUGUAACAAAGUCUGCAUGUAUGCAUGUAUGUACACGUGACGAAUUAGAAAUUUAGAAAAUUUAUAAUUUUAAAAAUUGUCGCAACUACCCUUUGCAUUGUGUGUUAUAUAAUUUGUGCUAAUUUCUGUAAUGUAAACAACAAAUAAAAUAUACUGAAAGACGAACAUUAA